AUGCCCAGCACCUCACAACCAAAUGUGAUGCAGCCUGCACAGGCUUACACUGCAAUGCGUGAGACCACGGUCCCAGCUGAGCAAGUGUUCAAUGCACAGGGUCAAAUCUCAGCAACACGAACAAUCAGUCAGGCCAGCAAUGGGUUUGAGCUGACUCGAUUACCAGCUCCAUAUGCCAAUGGAAUUAAUGUAGGGUCAAUUACAAAUUUCUCCACUCCUGAAGUGAAUCAAAUGGUUGUACGGGGUAAACAGCCCUUUAUAACAACUGGCUUGCCCAACAUUAACAGCUUUAGUGACCCCAUCCAUUUCAUUCCUCAGGCUUCAUUAAAUACUUGUGGACCACCAUCCUUCAUUGAGAAGAAUGAACGCCUCCCCAGUUUUAGCACUAUAGUAGCAUCUGCUGCCUCAAGCAGUCCAGUAAUUGGACUGCAGCGUCAAUUCACCAAUGUACCAUCAUCAACAGUUGAGCAUCCUCUCACAUUACCAUCACCAGUUUCAUCUUCAUCUCCCAUACAAUCAAAUGCCAGCACUAACAUUGUGGCCACCACUAACAUUCCUCUUUCAACUAUCCCAACAAAUGCAGACAGCUUUCAAACUAUCCAACCUAGUUUUACUAAUUAUUAUGCUGGUCAAAGUACACAACAAAUUCUGCAGCAGCAAACACAACCACAACAACACCAUCAGAGUGUGAUACAGCAUCUAUCUACGGGCACAACGAAAGCAGUGUCAAGCUCACAGCCCGCUGCUUGUACAUCUCAGGUUGUGGCAGCAGCCACCACUUUGGUUUUGUCAUCCAUCUCUUCCUUGCAUCAUGGUCAUCCAAAAGCCAGAUUGUCAUUACCAUUGUCAUCAUCAUGUUCAGGAGAAAAUGGUAACAUCGUGAAGAGUAAAUCUCUAUCAAAAAUGGACAAUGUUGGAGAAAUCUGUGAACAAAACCUCUCCAAGAACAAGUCCAAAUUAUCUUCAGAGCAACAACAGCAGCAACAACAGUUUGUGAACACAGUUCAUCUAACACAGCCAAUAUCUUCAGGUAUUCACAAGAUAAUAGAAAAAACUUGCAAACAGAACCAGAAAAUUGUAAUAUCUGAUCAAAUGACUAGUCCAAAGACUGCCAAGAAGAACAAAAAGGACCUUGUGAUCAUAGCACCAGCUCAGGUUAACCAAGUGACGAAACCAGACAUGGUGCCUAUUUAUUUCUCUCCCUUACAAAAUUCUGUGCAGACUCCUGGGGUUUCACCUGUAAUUGCUACUGCUCGUCCUCCUCCACAAAUGAUGUCAACAGCUAGCAAAAGUAAAGCGGUCCAAUUUUUUGUGAUGGGUACACUGGAAGGGAAAAGCACUUCAGAAGGUUUGCAAUAUCAUGACACGCCUCCUGAAAUGGAAUCUGCAAUUGCAGAUUUGCCAAUAUCAUUUGAAAAACACCCGGUUGAUGGCAUUGUAGUAAAGCGAAUGGCACCAGAACCUCUGCCAUUAGAUUUACUUGGUAAAGAAAGUCUGGACUUUAUGCCUCAGGAUAGUGAUAAAGUUAAGCAGGAACCUCCAGAAAAAAGAUUAGAAAGUGCUGAAACCCAACAAGUUGAUAUUCAACUCCUUCUUCAGCAACAACAACAGCAGCAGCAGCAGCAGCAACAACAGCAGCAGCAAAUACAUGUACAAACAACGAUACAAGCUGAGGUACCACAGCAGACAAUGCAACCAUCACCACAGCAAGUACAGCCAACUGUGCAGCAUUUUCAAACCUUCUCUCCAGAACAAUUGCAGAUGCCACAGUUCCGACAAAUACAGUCACAACAUUUGUUACAACAUUUACAGACAACACAGAGCCAACCACAGGCCCCGUUCCAAGCUGUCAUAACUGCAGAUGGACAGGCUCAAAUAGCAGAUAAUCUUGGGCAGUUCACUGUACAGCAGCUUAACCAAGCUACACAACAGCAAGAAUUACAACUACAGCAACCAGAACAACAGCAGCAGCUCACACCUGAACAACAACAACAACAACAACAGGUUGUUGGCACACAAUUAACUAUACAGCAACCUUUACUUUCUCCCUUGCUUUCUCCAACUCUUCCUUCUGAAACUUUGACAAACAAUGCCCGUAAAAGUCCUCGCCAGAAACAAUCUGGGAUGGUCUAUAUGGACUCUGCUGCUAAAGCUGUUGUUACAACAACUGUAGGGGACAAUGCCACAUUUGUGACUGUAUCAAUAAUGAACAAUCGUAAGGUGCCAGUGGCACAACAUGCAAAAACGGACACGACAGAUAGUGACCUUGCACUAGGGAGUCUUACAUCUGUCACUCUUUCAUCAACAAACCUAAUGGAAGCUGGAUCAUCUGCAGUGAAACGGAAAUUGUCAGAUUGUAGUGACAGUGAAGGAUCAGAGUGUAGUGACUCCGAAAGUGGUGGAGACAAGGGUGACUUAUCCCAAGAUGAGAAUCAGGAUGGAAACCUGUAUACUUUAAAACCAACAUUUGUACUCCCUCCACUAAGCAGCCUCAGUUCCCCAGCUCCUCCAGCUGCUGAUGGUGUUGAAACUAAGGAUAUAAAAGAGGAGUUUGAUCGGACAGAAGUGGAGAUUCGCAUCGAUGAUUCACAGUGCAUUGUUUACGGUGAACAGAAACGGUGGCAGUGCUGCAUGUGUCCAAAAUCUUAUACAACCAAACACAACCUAGUGACCCAUAUCCUUGACCAUCAGGGCAUCAAACCACACCUGUGCAUGAUUUGUCACAAAUAUUUUAAACAGUUAAGCCAUCUGAACACCCACAUGCUUACUCAUGAAAAUAUCAAGCCCCAUGUAUGCCAAAUCUGUAAUAAGGGGUUCACACAGAUCUCACACCUGAAACGACAUAAAGCUGUUCACCUAGACAGCAAACCUUUCCUGUGUGAUAUAUGUAAUCGUGGCUUUGCAUACCCUAGUGAAUUGCGGGUACAUAAAGAGAAACAUGUCCCAGGUCGUGAUAAGUGUCACGACUGUGGGGAAGACUUUACUAGUCAGAGAUUGUUACGACAGCACCAAGCCACACAUGAACAUCGUGAGGACUUGACAUGUAAGAUCUGCACCAAAAUAUUUCGGUAUCCCAGUCAGUUAAAGGAUCAUAUGAUCACACAUUCAGGGACACGACCACAUAUUUGCCCAGAGUGUGGCAUGGACUUCAUGAAGGAACAUCAUUUGAAAGCUCACCAGUUUACCCACACAGGUUUGCAGCCAUUUACAUGUCCAAUUUGUCGGAGAGCCUUCAACCAGAAGGCCAAUAUGCAGCGCCACCAACUCAUUCACAAUGCCGAACGCGCCUUCCGAUGUGAUACUUGUUCUAAGACAUUCACACAACCACAGACACUCAAAGCUCAUAUGGUUGUUCAUGCAGAGUCUAAGCCAUAUCGAUGUAACCUUUGCUCUAAAGAAUUUGGUCGAUUACACAAUCUGCAAGGUCACAUGCACAUGCAUAACAACUCAAAACCAUUUGUUUGUUUCUGUGGCAGUUCCUUUACUCUCAAAGGUAACCUGAAUCGACACAAGAAAGUGAAGCACGGGCUGAAUGAAACAACAGAAAGUAUGGAAGAAGAUGCUGUUAAUUUUUUGUCUGAACGUUGCCGUGAUUCUGAAGGAGACAAAGACUCGAGUGUUGACAAAUUUGGAGAAAAGGAUGAUGCUCAAGGCAGCAAGAAGCAUCGCAAAUCAGCACCUCGUCGCAUCACUUCAAAUUCAGCUUUCUCAGAGAGUGAGAAGGACGAUGGAGCUAAAGAAGACCACACGGAUGCCGACUGGCUGCCACCAAGCCGCAAAAGACGGCGCAGGCGAGGCGCUGGUGGGAAAGUGACAAAUACCUUUCAAAAAUACAAAGAAGGCUAA